CACUGGUUAGAGCAUCAAAGCAAUACCAGCAGCAACAGCAGCAGCAACUUGAGCAGCGCAAACAAUUUCUAAAUCUACAAACAAUAUCUGUAAAACAAAAAUCUUUUCAACAUGAAAGCCAUCGCACUCUUCGCUGGUCUCAUCUGCGCUCUCUGCCUUUUCCAUGCGGCCAAAGCAGCACCGGCUGAUGCCACAACCUUGCAAGUGGAGGAGGAAGGCGCACAAUUGGCGACUUUGGACGCGGCUCCCGUUGCUGAGUUGAGUCGUCAUAAGCGCGCCACUUGUGAUUUGCUGAGCGGAACUGGUGUUAAUCACAGCGCUUGUGCGGCUCAUUGUUUGUUGCGUGGCAAGCGUGGCGGUUACUGUAAUGGACAGGCUGUGUGUGUUUGCCGUAAUUAAGCGCCACAUACGUAUAUUGUACAUACAUACGUUAAAGGGGUGCUAUUAAGGAUACGCUUAUUUUGAAACGAAUUUCAAUAUUUACUUAUGCACAUACGUACAUAUAUGUAUAUAUUAUAUAUCUUACAACUUUUAAAUAUGUAUAUAAAUUUAUUGACUUUAUUAAAUAAAUGAUUUAUUGGAAGCAAAAAAAUAUA